AUGGAGAGCCUUCAACUAUCCCAGGUUCUUGCCGACCUCAGUAAUAUCGGCGCCGCCGAUCCGGGAGCCGCAGAGGCCAUCGUGAGCGCCAACAACCCCUCCAACUCGAGUUACACCCGAGUCGAAGUGACUGCAGCUGCAAAUGCCCCUACCUCGAGUCCUACUACGAAUCAACAGCGACGUCCCACAGGCUUACAGCGGCAUUGGUCAUCGGAGAAAUUCGACAAAUUCGGCCGCCGCAUUCUCUCUCCCGGCUCCCACUCCGGUUCAGCUGUAAACUCUAGCCCUGGAACUCCUCGCCGAGGCGAAUCUGAUUUCGAAGAGGACCUGGAGAGAGCAAGCACACUCAUGCAACUAUACGACAUUCGCUCCAAGAUCAAGCAGCAGGAUAACAGCAGCCUGCUCAGAGCUCGAGAGAAGGUCAACGCGAUAGCAGCGCGACAACAAGCUCAGCAGGCCGCGGAACGCAACAUGAAGGCAGCUGACGAACUUCGACGACAACGCUACUCUUUCCCAAGAGCCGGUCUUUGA